AUGCGCGGCAAAACUUUGACAUUUUUCUUUUUAAUUUUCUGCAAUGUAUUUGGUAAUUGCAAAGGAAAUGAAAGUAAAAACGAACCGCGGGGCAUUAUUUCGGCAUUGGAAGAAAAAUUAGAAUUAAAAUUACAAGAAUAUGUUAUUUAUGCUACUAAAUGGCUAGAAGGUCUUAAUGAUAAAUAUUUAGGCGAUACUGAAGUGGGAAGAUUAAUCCAUUAUUAUGAAAUGAAACCAAAACUCGACGUUUCUGAACAACAAAACCGCGGCAUUAAAAAGAUUUCGAUGAGCAUGUUGCCCCUCAUCUUCCACGUGGGAGCCACCUCGACGUGGAUGCUGAUUACCUCCCUCAUGGCUGCCAAGUCUGUAGCCAUUGGUAUUGCUCUCCUGGUGUUCAAGAUCGCUGUCAGCUCUGCUAAGGUGGCGUCAUUCUUCACGACACUGAAGGCCAAGAACUCGGGCCAUCACCACGACUGGUCUUGGACCCCUCAUCACGAGCACCACGGUCCACCGAGUCACGAUUGGACAUCCUACAGCCCAGAGUGGUCAGGAGACACGGCGCACUACAAGACAAUUGAGAGCGACGAGCUCGAGCUCCACCAUGCCCAGGAUAAGAGCCAUUCGUGA